CGUUCCCUUCCAGCCCCUCCAGCCAUGGUGGGCCUGAAGCCCCCCGAGGUGCCCCCGCCGGCAGCCGUGAAGUUCCUCAGCGCCGGGACGGCCGCCUGCAUCGCCGACGUCUGCACCUUCCCCCUGGACACCGCCAAAGUGCGGCUGCAGAUCCAGGGCGAGGUGCGGAUCCCCCGGAGCCCCAGCACAGUGGAGUACCGGGGCGUUCUGGGCACGCUGAGCACCAUGGUGCGCACCGAGGGGCCCCGCAGCCUCUACAGCGGGCUGGCGGCGGGGCUGCAGCGCCAGAUGAGCUUCGCCUCCAUCCGCAUCGGGCUGUACGACUCGGUGAAGCAGCUCUACACCCCAAAGGGGGCUGAGAGCACGGGGCUGGCGGCGCGGCUGCUGGCGGGCUGCACCACGGGCGCCGUGGCGGUGACGUGCGCCCAACCCACCGACGUGGUCAAGGUGCGCUUCCAGGCCCACGGGGCGCUGCCGGACAGCGCCCGGCGCUACAGCGGCACUGUGGACGCCUACCGCACCAUCGCCAGGGAGGAGGGCGUCCGCGGGCUGUGGAGAGGGACGCUGCCCAACAUCGCCCGCAACGCCAUCGUUAACUGCGGGGAGCUCGUCACCUACGACCUCAUCAAGGACGCGCUGCUGCGGGCGCAGCUGAUGACAGACAACGUCCCCUGCCACUUCGUGGCCGCCUUCGCGGCCGGGUUCUGCGCCACGGUGGUGGCGUCGCCGGUGGACGUGGUGAAGACGCGGUACAUGAACGCCGGCCCCGGGCAGUACCGGAACGUGCUCAGCUGCCUCCUGGCCCUGCUGAUGCAGGACGGCCUCGGCGGCCUCUACAAGGGGUUCGUCCCCUCCUUCCUGCGCCUCGGCUCCUGGAACGUGGUGAUGUUCAUCUCCUACGAGCAGCUGCAACGUGCCGCCGUGCUGGCCCGGCCGGCUCCCCCCUGAGCCCCCGGCCCCUCUCGCCAACGCGGGGCGAGGCGCAGGAGUCAAUUACGUUAAUUAGGGGGGGGCGGCGGGGCCGGCCCCCGCCCCCCCCCCGGCCCGAUGGGGAUGAUGACGAGGACCAAGAGGGUCCCCGAGAGGGACCGGCGAGGCGGGCGGAGGCGCUGCAGGAGGUCGUUUGGAGGGACGUGGGAGAAAAGGUUUCCGGAGAGGAGUUCAGAGGGGAAUUAAAAG